CGUAAGAAAAUUGAAGACGAUAUAAAGAAUUCCAAGCAAUAUUUCCAAAAUAAUCCCAACUUAAAACUAUAUUAACCCCAACCAAUGAAGGCUUCUUUUAAAUCUAACAUCCGUAAAUCAUCGAUUUCUUAAUAAAAGCCUACAAUAAUCAACCUCCCAAACAUCUAAGGCCUUCCCCAAAACGAAAAUAAGCAUCGUGAAACCACCAUAUACUCAUAAAAGACUAUAAAAUCCCAAGAACAACCUGAAGACUACAAAAAUAUGCCAAAUUAAGAAGAAUAUAUACCACAAGUAUAAGGUCCUUAGAUCGAAAUGGACCAAUAUGAUGUUAGUUUUAUCAUUAAUACAGGUUUAGUGGCUUUCGAUAGUGUUUAAGUGAGAAACAUAGGGACUGCAUCUAUAUAUUAUGAAUGGAAAAGAAUAGAAAAUGAGAAAUAACAUAGUGUAAGUUUACAAGAUCCGGAAUAGAAAUUUUUCUGUCAUCAUGAAUAAAAUGUCAUAAAGCCUGGAUAGUAGAAAAAGUUUAUUUUUUCCUUUAUGUCGAAAUUAACGGGGACUUUUUACGAAGAAUGGGAAUUUAAAUGUGAACCACCUAAUUAAAAUUAGGUUAAAAAUUUAAAAUUGUCCGGACACUCAAUUGACGUUGAUAAUUUGAAAAACUGGAGGGGAAAUUUCGAUGAAAAUAACUAUAAAUAAUUCCUAUAUAAGAGUAUGGGGGAAGUAAUUGAAGAUAUUCUAGGUAAUGUGAGGACUCCGACACCCCCUCUACCCGAUCUGAAAAACGAGGAAGUGCGAAGAAUAGAGUUUGAAGCAAAAAAUGAAUAUUACAAUCUUUUUUAUAAUGAUUUAGUGAUGAAAUGGUGGUUUUAGUUAGAAAAUGAUAUAUAUGAGAAGCUUAAAUUGAAUAAAUAAGAGUAGUAUUGGGACCUUAACGUGGAUUAUAUAAGGAGAAUUAUUGAGAAGGUAGAAGAUGAGGAUGAUAGGGCUUUUUUUAUGAAAAGAUUUAAUAAUUAUUUCGAGUUGAAUAGAAAAAAACCAAUCGAAAGAUCAGAAAUCUACCCUUUAGUUCGUGAAAAAAUGAACAAUAUUAUUAAUAAUAUUGCAGUGUUUUCAGACAAAAGUCGAGAGGAAUUAUAAAUGUGGGACUUUAUUUUUAGAAUUCCUUAAGAAAACUAAUCUUUUUUUUCGGAAGAUGAACUGAAAAAGCACGAAGAGGAAAACUAGAAACUGAAAUAAGACUGGAUGAAAAAAACGAAGAAAAAAAAAUGGACUGAUGAAGAUGAAAAAAAAUAAACGAAGAUUAUAAAAAUGCCUUUUAUGGAAAAAUUUAAAAUGAAAUUUAUACUUUUUGGGACUCCUUUGAGGAAAAAGAGUUGUUUUUGA